GUUUUAUAAAAAGAACCGUUAGAAAUCUGGAAGUCGAAAGGGUUGGGUCGGUGUAUUCGCGCUUAAAAUAACCUUCUUCACUCGUCCCUCUCGCUUCUCUCCAAACAUCGCCGGAGACAUACAUGUUUCCUUGAAGAAGAGGGUCUUAUUUGCACGCAACAUCUUCCUCCCUUUUUUCUUCUAUCGACGCCACCGUUUCCUCUUUUUUUCAUUCUCCGGCGUUCGAACAAUCCUCUGCGUUUCCCUCUUCCUUUGUUAGGUAUUUAAAAUUAGGCUAAUCCCCUCUUCACUGGAUUCAUCGGGCUAUUGGGUUCUACCUUUAUUCUUUGUAGUUGUAGUAUGACGUCUGGUUCCGAUGUCAGUUUGGUUCACCGUCGUCAUCGAUCAAGAAAAAGAGUCCAGGUCUUUCUCCUCUGAUUUCUAGGUCACGUAAUAGAAAGCACCUAUCAAGUGAAUGAAGAUGAUUGGUCAAGCAACGGAUUUUAGAGAUUGAAGUUUGAUUUUUGGGGGCAUAAGGUCAAAAUGCUUGAAUCUUAAUCAAAUGAAGAUACUUCCAAGAGGUGUUGUGAUUUUUCUGACAUUUCAGUUCCAUUGAAUCUCAAAUAAAGGAAAUGAUGGGAUUAGCAUACUUCAUGUUGAAUCAAUCAAAAAAGAUGCUGAAUAUUGCACGGAAAACACCUUCAGCACUUAUGUACGUAUUAGGACAUCAAUGCCUCAUGGUGUGGCCUUUGGUGGAUAAAGAGGGUGUUGGUGUUUGCUUUCAUUUCUCUUAUGAGGAACCUCUUCAUUCAGCUGUGAUGCUUGUUCCAAUUAUGUUAAGAAAAUAUGGAUUUCAUUUCAUUCUUUCUGGUGAUCUGUACAAUAAAUGGGAUCAGAGUAAUGGUGCAAUGGAUCCAGAGGUUCUAAAAGAAUUUGUUUCAGUCCACGAAGAGGUUUUCACUCCUUAAAUAUCAACUUUAUUGUGAUUAGGUUAUCGAGCAAGAGAAACACAAUUGCAUUUGAUCAUGAAUCAAAUCCAUGGGCAUUUUGCGUAAGUGUUUUAUAGCAUCAUGUUUUCAUUUUCUUUCUAUUACAUUAUUGUACUUUCAAUAUUUUCUUUAUCAAGACAUUGUACUUUGAAAAUUUUACCUAAUUUACACA